AUGCAGAUCAACUGCCCGUCCAUCUUAACACUCGGUCUGAUUUUGGCUGUCGCUCACUCAACUACAUCUCACCCUAUCCGAACUAGCAAAUGGGUCAAAACAGAACAAUUCCCAGAUCCAGAUGCCCAGGGAAUAUGGAAGGUCUUUGAGAAAGAGGGAUAUGAUCUAUUACCCGACCCACCGCACGUCAAAUACAAUGGUAACCCAGCAUGGCCUACCAACCAAAGCAAUGAACCAGCAGAGGAAGACGCACCAAGCAAUCGCUAUAAAACUGGAACUUCCGAAUUGGGGAAACCGACGGUCUCAAUCCUGAUCCCAGCAUCACCAGAAGUACGCGAGCCAAUGCACAAGCCCUACAACCAACAAACGGAACAAAAGCAUCAAAGCUACUCCCCAGAAGACAAAGAGAGCCCAAUCAAUUCACCUGCUGGCCAGAGACAAGGUCACUACAACGAUAUUCUACAAUACCUGCACACAAAACCCACCCUAAACAAUGAGCACGAACACACCACACCUGCACCUUUUUCUCGCUUCUCAUCGAGCCAUUUAACCUCUUCUUCUGCAUAUCGCUUUGCUUUCACGGCUCUAAGAUCAAAAGCCAUGAGGUUCCCGCAGUCUCCUCUUCCAGAAGUUUUUACCACAGUGAUCAUUCUCCUAGUGAUGGUUUGGAUUGCUUUGUUCACCAUCGGGUUGCUUGAAUUGGGGAAUUAUGUUUGGAGACGGAGCAGAGAGGCUUCUGCUAGGAACAGUGCCCAGCGUCUGCAUAGUCAGGAUCCAGAUGUGGGUUUGGAUGAGACGAUGAAGGUGCCCUUGAGAAUAGUCAUUGGUCCUUCAGAAAAUACCCGGCCGCGCUCUGUGGGAGAACAUGGGUAUGAGUUCCUAGAGUCCGUUGCUAGUGACUACGACUCCGACUCCGACUCAGAAUCUGAUGAGGAUGAUUAUCGUAUCUUUUGA